CGCCAUUCCGCCAAGGCAUUAAGACGCGGGUCUCUGUCGCGAGCAGUUGUCGAUUUUCGAGGCGGGAUACCACUUAAGAGCGGUUCCUAUAGCUACCCCGUACGUUCUUCUUGAUUAGUUUAUGGCGGGCGUAAAGUGUGGAAUCGCCUGAUCAUGGAGUUGAACAAUGUUACCGUCGAGGAUAGCGCCUCCGGGGAUGCGCACAAUCGAUCGCCGCACAAUCGUGCGCCUCCGGUGGGAGCCACAGCCACAUCCACACCCACACAUGCCGAGAGGCAAAAGCCCCAACUGCUAUAUGCCAUCAACGACAACCCGCCCUGGUAUCUGAGCAUAUUCCUCGCAUUCCAGCACUAUCUGACCAUGAUCGGGGCCAUUGUCUCCAUCCCGUUCAUACUGACGCCGGCGCUGUGCAUGUCCGACGAGGAUGCCAAUCGGGGCAUCAUCAUAUCCACCAUGAUCUUCGUCACCGGCAUUGUGACCUACUUCCAGGCCACGUGGGGCGUCCGUCUGCCCAUUGUUCAGGGCGGAACCAUCUCGUUUCUGGUGCCGACGCUCGCCAUUCUCGCCCUGCCCCAGUGGAAGUGUCCUCCCCAGGCCGAGAUGGAUGCCAUGGCCGAGGACGAGCGGCAGGAGCUGUGGCAAGUGCGUAUGCGGGAGCUAUCGGGCGCCAUCGCUGUGUCCGCCAUGGUUCAAGUCAUCCUGGGCUACACGGGGCUGGUGGGCAAGAUCCUCAAGUACGUCACGCCGCUGACAAUUGUGCCCACUGUGUCGCUGGUGGGACUGACGCUGUUCGAGCAUGCGGCGGACACGGCCUCCAAGCACUGGGGCAUAGCCGUGGGCACCACGGCCAUGCUGACGCUCUUCUCGCAGAUAAUGUCCAAUGUGUCCGUGCCCGUGGUGGCCUACCGCAAGGGUCACGGCUUUGAGGUGCGCCAGUUCCAGUUGUUUCGCCUGUUCCCAGUGCUGCUGACCAUCAUGAUCAUGUGGGGCCUGUGCGGCAUCCUGACCGCCACCGAUGUCUUCCCACCGUCGCAUCCCUCCCGCACAGAUGUCCGUCUGAAUGUCCUGAUCAGCGCCAAGUGGUUCUACGUGCCGUAUCCGGGACAGUUCGGCUGGCCAUCGGUCACGCUGUCAGGGGUUCUGGGGAUGCUGGCCGGCGUGCUGGCCUGCACGGUGGAAUCUCUGAGCUAUUACCCGACUGUGUCGCAGAUGUCGGGCGCCCACUCGCCUCCGCUUCAUGCCAUCAAUCGGGGCAUCGGCACUGAGGGACUAGGCACUGUCCUCGCCGGACUCUGGGGAGCUGGCAACGGAACGAACACGUUCGGAGAGAAUGUCGGCGCCAUCGGAGUCACUAAGAUUGGUUCGCGUCGCGUCAUCCAGUGGGCGGCUCUGAUAAUGGUCCUCCAAGGGGUGAUUGGAAAGUUUGGCGCCAUCUUCAUUCUCAUUCCCGAUUCGGUGGUGGGCGGAAUAUUCUGCGUGAUGUUCGGCAUGAUCAUUGCCUUCGGCCUGUCCACGCUGCAGUAUGUGGAUCUGCGAUCGUCGCGGAACCUGUACAUCCUCGGCUUGUCCAUAUUCUUUCCCAUGGUUCUCUGUCGCUGGAUGCAGGAUCAUCCCGGUGCCAUUGACACGGGCAACGAGACGGUCGACUCGACACUAUCGGUGCUCCUGGGCACGACCAUAUUGGUGGGUGGUGUCCUGGGUUGCUUUCUGGACAACGUGAUACCUGGCACGCCCGCCGAGCGCGGCCUCAUCGAGUGGGCCAACGAAAUGCCGCUCGGCGAUGACAACAUCAACGACGGCACGGCCACGGACUACGACUUUCCCUAUGGCAUGGAUGCCAUUCGCAGCUGGAAGUGGACCUACUACAUACCCUUUAUGCCCACCUACAAGCUCCAAAAGCAGAGCUGAUUAUCUCCGUAGUUGGGCUCGAUCGAUGGGAACGCCAGAGAAUAAUAAUGAAUGCAACUCUAUUUGUAAUUCAGUUUUUAUUAUUUAUUUUUAGAAAACGAUGUUCUGUUCGUUCUCUCACGCCCUAAUCUAAUUACAAUUUGAACACUUCCAAUUCCCAUUCGAAUUCGGAUUCCUACCCAAAACGAGCUAAAGAUUUUAUGUUUUUCUGUUUGUUUUUUUAAAUUCGCUUAUUGUUUGAUUUGUAACUACUUUUUACUGUACGCUCUUCGUUUCCGUUUCCGCUUUCGCUCACAGUUUUGCAUAUUUUCUAUUAUUUCGCAAUAACAUCAAUAGACCUAGCAAACGAAAGCUUCUAACCACCAAUUAAACUCUAUUCAAAUCUCGAAAACCAUUCAUAAUCAGUUCGUUCUGUAUAAUGCAAAAAAUUGGUGUUAAAAUUAUUUUGUAGAAAUUUUAACGCAUUUUCGGCGCGAGGCUUACACUCAAAUCCUCCACAAAAAUAGUAUAGAAAAUACAUGUACAAUAUAUAUUUGUGAAA